CCUCCAAGCGCUGAUGAUUUUGUUCUGCUCAAGCCUAUUAGCAAAGGAGCAUUUGGGAAAGUGUGGUUGGGGUUCAAAAAGACAGACCCAAACAGAAUGUAUGCAAUCAAGGUGAUGAAGAAAGCUGACCUUAUCAACAAGAAUCUAAUGGCUCAAGUGACCGCAGAAAGGGAUGCACAGGCCAGAUCACAAAGUGCUUUUAUAGUGCAGCUGUACUAUUCCUUGCAGUCUCAGCAGAACAUCUUUCUGAUAAUGGACUAUAUGAUAGGAGGCGACGUGAAGUCUUUGUUGAUUAUGUAUGGCUUUUUUCCUGAAGAGAUGGCAUGUUUUUAUGCUGCAGAGGUCACCCUGGCCUUAGCUUACUUGCAUAAGCUUGGAAUUGUUCACAGAGAUCUGAAGCCAGACAACAUGCUCAUAUCACACUCUGGCCAUAUCAAGCUCACAGAUUUUGGUUUGUCCAAGGUCACCAUGGAUUACCGUGCAAGCCCCCAACCUGGUAGCUUCACGCCUUUCGACCAUCAUUAUGGAGGCUCUGCUUAUCUCAGAACUCCAGGGCAGAUUCUCAGUCUGAAGUCAUCUUUAGCAUUUACAGUGGAUGCUUCACAGCGCAAGAAGCAGCAUACCCGCAGUGAUGCCCUCCCAGAUGUCACAGAAGUCACGCCUACAUCUGAUCCAAGUCUCUCCCAAAUCCCUCCAGAACCUCAAACUCCUUCAGAGAGAUCACAAAGGCAGUCAUUUGUAAGGCACAUCAUGCUCACUCCUGCUGACAACAAGCAAUUACUUCAGACACGUCGGCUACACAGUACUGUCCUGUCCACACCACCAGUCCAGAGCCUGACUCCAACUUUGCAGGAUUCUCUUAACUGGAGACAUUCUUCAGCUAGUGAUUCUCAGUCGAGGAAGGCAUGCAGCAUACUGCAGUCAGCUCUCUUGUCUACCAGAAAGAUGGAUGACCUGUCAGUCCUGUCUGACAGUGCCUGUUUGGAGGGGCACCUGCCAAAACCACAAGUGACUUCUGGCUCCGCAAUGGACAUGUCUCAUAACAACAGUAAAUGUAACUCUGUUGCCAGCAUGGCAUGGGAAUCUGUGUUUAGUGACUGCGGAGACACUGAUAACAAGUUAUGUGUUAGUGAAGAAUGUAAUAACAAUUGUCAGGCCAAAAAACCACAUGGUUCACUAAAGUGUGACAGUCACACAAUGCCAAUGUUUCGUUUGAAGGAGGAAGAUGAAACACCCAUGUUGCACCGUACCGAUAAUUCUGUCAUGAGCAGCUAUGCAGCUCAACAUCUUCGAUCCAUGAGGGAAGGCUCUUAUUCUGAAAAGCUCAAUAGUAGUUUCUGUACCUCUAAAGAAGUAAACAGUAAAGUUGAUGAUGAGCGUGAGCUGGGUUUUCAGAGAUGUAGAUAUGCACAAGGCACAGAUAAGUUAGCAUGCAAGAUGUUGUAUGGGGAACCAACAGUGGCCAACCCUGAGUCGGUGCUUACACAGUGCCUAAAGCAAGAAUCGACUGACUCUUUCAGCGUGAACACUGCAAAUUCCACUGAGAAAGUGUGCAGCACACAUGCAUUGAUUCGGCGUGACUCAAAUGCAUUUUCGAAUACAUCAGUAGAAGUGGCCAGAAGUGUGGUGACUACCCUUGAUGAAUCACUGGGGAUGAUCCACAGUUACAGUAAGUCAAGGCUUUUGUCUGUAGCCUGCUCCGCAGAUCUGGAAGUUUCCAGUGAUUUCUCAGCGCACUUCCAGCAGCAGGAUGAUAAGGUUUUGAACAGCACUCGUCUGUCUUUGGACUUUGGUCUUACUCACAUGAGCCUGGACACAGGUCCAGAGCUGAAGGACUUGAGCCAGUUGUUUGGACUGAGCCGUAUGAUUUUGAAAGCUAUACCACCUGAGGACAACACAAACGUGCAUGUGCCAAGUUUUAACGUUGUUCCUAGCAAGAAGUCUGAGAGGUUGGUAAGAGAACAAAAUGACCUUCCACCCGGAAGUGGGCCAUCUUUGAGGAAGUUAAGCAAACCUGGAUUGAGGCGAGUUCUUUCAGACACAUUCGACAGAUGUCUUCCAUCACGCUUAGAUGCUUGUUCAAAUGCCAGCAAGAGUGUGUUCAAAAACAAAAGUAAAUCUCUGGAUUAUAGUCUUGACCCUCAUGCGGGUGAUAGCCAGUCUAAAUCGCCCAGAAACCAGGAUAAACAUCCCCGAAAGAGACAGUUUCAAAAUAUCGUUGAUGAAAACUUGGAUACUAGUUUAGAGAAGGUUGCAGUUGAAUGCCCCGUACAUACUGGUAUGACCCCUGAUCUUUGUAGAAUGAGGCUGCAGGAAUGUGGAGCUGAGAGACCCAGGAAACAGAUUUGUUUUGACAAAAAUAUGUAUAUUCACAGCCUCAUUGAUCCAGACAGUCUUGGUAAUAAAUGUGAUCUCAGUUCACCCAGUAAACUGAGAGCAUUGCCAGAAAAGUUUGAAUAUAAGCUAGCAAAGCAUGAAGAAAUAAUCUUGCCAGUUUGUUCAUCACUGGGUCAAAGAUCAAACUUCCCGGCAAGUCCUUGUAGAAAAAUCAGCAUAAGCAAUCCGCCAUGUCAUCCAAAGGUUGCAUUACUGAGGGAGUGUAAGUCGUAUUUGACCUGUACAGGACACACAGGUUUGACUGAAGAAGUUAAUGUAUUAAUUUUAAAAGACAUUCUUGCCGAUGUUCGGGCCGCCUCAAAACCUUCACAAAUGACGCAUGUAAAAGGUGAGAUAAAGUUCACAGAGCAUCCACCAGUUAGAAGCAGUAACGGAGCACCCAGAAUUAUAUCAACUGAAAGCGAAUCUUAUUCUGAUAGAGAGGAUUUUAUUGGCUCAAACGACAUCCAGCCAUCAAGCCUUCCAAUUCACAGAGUACCAGCAACAGGGAAUCUCUCUUCCCUCUGUGGCAGUCCCCUCUGGAACAAUACAGAUGAUGAUCCUGGAGCUCUAUCCGGAGAUAGUGGUAUCAAAUUCUUCAUUUCUACCCCAUCUCCUGGUUCCACCAGGCAUUCAUCGCCGGCUGCUGGAAAUAUUAAUCACCCACCACUGAUAAUGAAGAAAGGUGUUUCCACAAUGGAUUCAUCAAUUGGCACCGACUGCAGCUUUUUGAAUGUCACCAUAGAAUAUGAAGCAGAUGGCAAGUCAAGUCCACGAUGUACCUCCGCUGAGAGAUUUCCAGGCAGUCCCAUUCGGCAUGUGGCAUCUGACACCGGCAUGCUUGGGUUGAGGAUCCAGCGCUUAAGCGUAGACUCGGAUUCCUCUCUGUCAGAUCAUCAUGGUUAUAUGUCACAGCCGCUGCCGUCACCAGUGUCUGCACCAGAAGAGCAAUGGAAAUCUGAUGGUCAGGAGCUGGAUCAUCUACAUCAGCAAAAAGAUAGAACUAGCAAGAGUGGAAGUACUGAGAGCAUUCUUGGGGAAGGGCAGCAAAAGUUGCCUGCCUCUAUACAUAAAUUGCCCACGAUUGCUGAAAAAGUUUGCUAUCAUGUGGAGGAAGAUGGUGCCGCAAUUUUUAUCAAGCCCCAGAACUAUGUAGAUUAUCCUGGCCCAGCUCAGACACCAAAACCACCAUUGAGAGAGUCAGCAUUUCAGACACCCUUCCGAACUCCAGGCCCCCAGCAUCAGGCCUCAAUUUGCAUGCCAGGAUCUAAGUUUCAAACACCAUUUCGAACCCCUAAGAGUGUCCGCAGAGGGCCUGACAUGAUGCAGGACGAUGGAAGAAUUCUGGGAACUCCUGAUUAUUUGGCACCAGAGAUACUCCUGCAAAAACGUCACGGAUUUGCUGUUGAUUGGUGGGCUCUGGGUGUCUGCCUUUAUGAGUUCCUGACAGGUCUACCACCAUUCAAUGAUCAAACUCCUGAAGCUGUUUUUGAAAAUAUUCUUAACAGAAACAUCGCCUGGCCGGAUGAAGAGGAGGCCCUGAGCGAUGAGGCACGGUCAGCAAUUGAGGCACUGCUAACUGUUGAUGCAGACAGACGGCCUGCUGCAAAAGAGGUCAAGGCGAUGCCUUUCUUUUCCACCACUGAUUUUGCCAAUUUGCUGAAUAUGGAGGCUCCAUUUAUCCCACAACCAGAAGAUCACAUGGAUACAGGAUACUUCGAACCAAAGAAUGCAGUCAGAAACUUGGUGCUGUCUGCUGUAAACAUGUAG